AAGUACUUCUGGUUGAAGGUGAUGAAGCCUGUCUCUCCCUUGCCCGUCAAAACCCUCGUGUGAACUGAGGUUAAUUCGGAGCUGGUUAGCGCGAUGCUGAUGAUUGUCAAGCAUAUGCGCCUCACAACCCUUCAAAUUGCGUACUAGGCGAUGUGAUCCUUGCCUUCACUCUAUAGCAAUCACGAGUAACUCAUACACGUGCAUUGUCCGAUAUGGGUGAGCAGGGUGUAGGUUGCGGAAGGUACAUGUAGGGAUGGUCAGUUUGCUUGGCAGAUGCCCCGCGUCGCGUCGACGCGUCUUCCGCGCGAAAGCAUUUUCUCUCUUGAGUAGAGUGUCUAAGUACGAUAUACUGGCCUCUUGGAUGCCGCUAGGCGUUAGUGUAAUGUUGCGAGGAUGUCUGCUUGGAACAUGAACGCACGCGCUCUCCGGCGUCUAGCCACAGAUCGCAACGCGCUCUACAGCCAACCCCUACCACCGAACUACCUUCUCCCAUCAGAUGAGCAGUCAGGCGAUGUACUGAAUGAGGUCGAUGUUCUCCUAGCUGGGCCCGCGCAUACACCGUUCAGUGCUGGAGUCUUCAGGCUGCACCUCUCCAUUCCAUCCACAUAUCCAGAUCAGCCGCCGACGGCAGCCUUCCGCACCCCCAUUUUCCACCCCAAUGUCGAUCCUACAACAGGGGGAGUCUGCGUGGAGACUCUGAAGCGCGACUGGGAUUCUAAGCUAACCCUUAAAGACAUCCUUUUCGUCAUCAGUUGUCUACUAAUACAGCCAAACCCAGAUAGUGCGCUAAAUGCGGAAGCCGGCAGCUUGAUACAGGAGGAUUACAAUGCAUUUGCCCGGCGAGCAGUGUUGAUGACCGACAUCCAUGCGUGUGUGCCGGGUACACUAAAGGAUGCCGUGAAGGAGGCGCAGAACCGAGGCCAGGUGGCAGCCGACGAAGCUCCUGUUGUCAGUGGUGUCGAUGUUAUCGACUUCGCCGCGGAGACCGCAGUUCCUGGCAAGAGAAGACGUUUAGGCGGUACAGCAAGGCAAAAAGGGCUGGUUGCAAACCGAAGGACUGCUGUCUCGCCGAUCCCUGGCUCAUCACGGAUGCAACAUGGUAUCGUUAACGGUCGGCCUUUUGUCCGUGAGACCAACGACAGUGACCCGUUCGGCGGUACUGUCGGUCAAGCCGGCCCUUUUGAUCGCCGAGCGCCCGCAUCAGACAGCAGCAGUGUCGCUGGCGAGUCCGAUCGGGAAAACGAUGAGUCGCUUUCGCCCACGAAGAUACGCUCACCCAAACUUCCAACACCGCGGAGACCGCCAGGGCAGCCCGUGGCACUUGGCGAGCUUCAGACGGAAGGCUUGUCGGAAAGUGAUGGAGAUAUGGAGCCUGAGUAUCCGCCGAGUCCAAGGAAGAGUCCGUCGAAGAGUCCACGAAAGCAGCUACCGUGGACGGCGUCGGCACUGUCGGCACGACCUGACAGUAGUCGAGAUGCAGCUGCGCAAGCUCGUAACAUCACCCCUGCCAACCUCACCGACAGACCCUUGGCCGCAGAUUCGCCCUUUGCGCAAGCAGCGAAUGCCGCACCAUCUCCACGUAAAUCAAGACUGCGGCAGACGGCAACACCAGAGCGGAGAAAGGCACAGACAGAAGUCUCAGCAGUCGUAAGCUCGCCGGAAGUCCAGAGUGACGAAAUCUCAGAAAGGGAGUCUCCAUCGUCAUUGAAGCAGGAGAGCGCUUUCGACGCAAGGUUGUGGCGGUUGUGUGGAGGAGAUCUUCGGCGAUGGAAUCGAGCAGACUUCGAUGGCGAUCCGUUCAAUAAGAUAGCACCAAGGUGGUGAGUCGAAAGUGCUGUUGCAACGCAUUAAGUCAGGUUCGGUUGCGAGGCUUUGGGCAUCCUGGGGAGGAACGCCUCACUUGGUAGGAAUGAAUGAUCUGCUUGGCUUUAGCACAUGGCGACG